CGGAGGCUUUUGCGGAGCUCCCCGGGUCCCCGGACGGGGAGGGGGGGCAGUGGCGGCAGCUGGGGCUGCAGAAGCAGCCCGGGGGUCCGGAAGUCAACACCAUGUCGAGUCUGCACAAGAGCCGGAUUGCAGACUUCCAGGAUGUCCUGAAGGAGCCCUCCAUUGUGCUGGAAAAGCUCCGCGAGCUGAGCUUUAGUGGCAUCCCCUGUGAGGGCGGACUGCGGUGCCUCUGCUGGAAGAUCCUCCUGAACUACCUCCCUUUGGAGAGAGCCUCGUGGACUUCCAUCCUGGCCAAGCAGAGAGGCCUCUAUUCUCAGUUCCUGAGAGAAAUGAUUAUCCAGCCUGGCAUUGCCAAGGCCAACAUGGGUGUAUCCAGGGAGGAUGUGACCUUUGAGGACCAUCCCCUCAACCCAAACCCUGAUAGCAGGUGGAACACGUAUUUUAAGGACAACGAGGUGCUACUGCAGAUUGACAAAGAUGUCCGGAGGCUGUGCCCAGAUAUAUCCUUCUUCCAAAGAGCCACUGAGUACCCCUGCCUCCUCAUCCUGGACCCACAGAAUGAGUUCGAGACCCUUCGUAAGCGGGUGGAGCAGACAACAUUGAAAUCUCAGACAGUGGCCCGGAACCGGAGCGGGGUCACAAAUAUGAGCUCCCCACACAAGAGCAGCACACCGCCGGCCCUGAACGAGUAUGAGGUUCUGCCCAAUGGCUGUGAAGCCCACUGGGAGGUGGUAGAGCGGAUCCUGUUCAUCUAUGCCAAGCUCAACCCUGGCAUCGCUUAUGUGCAGGGCAUGAAUGAGAUCGUGGGCCCCCUGUACUAUACUUUUGCCACUGACCCCAACAGCGAGUGGAAAGAGCACGCUGAAGCCGACACCUUUUUCUGCUUCACCAACCUCAUGGCUGAGAUCCGGGACAACUUCAUCAAGAGCCUGGAUGACUCCCAGUGCGGCAUCACCUACAAGAUGGAAAAGGUGUACUCCACCUUGAAGGACAAGGAUGUAGAACUCUACCUGAAACUGCAAGAGCAGAAUAUCAAGCCCCAGUUCUUCGCCUUCCGCUGGCUGACACUGCUCCUGUCACAGGAGUUCUUGCUGCCCGACGUCAUCCGCAUCUGGGACUCCCUCUUCGCCGACGACAACCGCUUUGACUUCCUCCUCCUGGUCUGCUGUGCCAUGCUCAUACUGAUCCGGGAGCAGUUGCUGGAGGGGGAUUUCACCGUCAACAUGCGGCUUCUGCAGGAUUACCCCAUCACAGACGUCUGCCAGAUCCUACAGAAAGCCAAGGAACUCCAAGACUCGAAGUAACCUGGUCGCAAGAGGCCUGGGUUUGGAAGAGCAGCCCCCUGCGCUCUACACCCUGGGUUGUGGGACCCAGAGCAGCCAGUGGGAAAGGCAGCCUGAGGGCAAGCUGCAGGCUUGGCCAGCGCCAGGUCUUCCCACCCUGGUUCCCAUGGUCCAGGCUCCUCCUCCUGGAGCACACUGUUGUGCUCCUCCCCAGUGCUCGGCCCUGCCGUUCUCCCUGCACUUCAGCCCUGCGCCCCUCCGCCCAGGCUGCCGAGCAGGGCUGGAGCCCUGAGACCCUCUGCCCAGGCUGCCGAGCAGGG